AUGUCUGCCCAAUCCGAAAUCCAACUCGUCUUCAAGGACAGCACAGAGCCAGCCACACUCCGUGAUGUGGAUCUCAUAAAGAAAAUUCCAGUGCUCAAAAGAGCUCUAGAGACUGGAAACCCUAAUUGGGAAAUUGAAAGUGUCCAACCAGUCCCUUCAAUAAACAUCCCGUUUCCUAAAGCUGCUGGAGACUUUCUGUUCCAACACUUGCGCAGCUACAUUCCAGAGGGAGAAGGAUUUGAACCAGUAGUCGAGAAAGACUACAAAGCGGCGGGGAAGCUGAGUCUCGAGCAGUUGAAGCAAAUAGUUGAAUUGGCCAGUUUCACGGAAUGCAUUGAUUUCAUGAACUGUAUUAAUUUCGUGAUUGCUCGGAAGUUGGAACGCUUGCCAAUGGAGCAAGUCGCAGCGUUCAUGGGAGUACAGUUGGAAGAGUUAGAAAAGGAAUUCGACGAGGAUGCGACAUGGAUCUAUCCCGGAAACAAUUAA